AUGGUUGUCGCCACUAUCAAGUGUGUUGUCGUCGGUGACGGUGCUGUGGGCAAAACAUGUCUCCUGAUUUCCUACACAACAAACAAGUUCCCUUCGGAAUAUGUUCCUACCGUUUUUGAUAACUAUGCUGUCACUGUCAUGAUUGGCGAUGAACCGUACACUCUGGGACUUUUCGAUACUGCUGGUCAGGAGGAUUAUGACCGUCUUCGUCCCCUUUCAUACCCCCAGACCGACGUUUUCUUGGUCUGCUUCUCCGUGACAUCCCCCGCUUCCUUCGAGAACGUGCGCGAAAAAUGGUUCCCGGAAGUUCACCACCAUUGCCCUGGUGUCCCCUGCCUGAUCGUGGGCACCCAGACUGAUUUGCGCGACGAUCCCGCUGUCCGCGAAAAGCUCUCCCGCCAGAAGAUGCAGCCCAUUCGUAAGGAAGAUGGAGACCGGAUGGCCAAGGAAUUGGGCGCCGUGAAAUAUGUCGAAUGCUCCGCUCUAACUCAAUAUAAACUCAAGGAUGUUUUUGACGAGGCAAUUGUUGCCGCCCUCGAGCCUGCUCCUAAGAAGUCGAAGAAGUGCGUUUUGCUGUAA